GCUUCCUCUUCCUCCCCCAGACGGAUUUUCCAAACGCUUGGUCAAUUGCUUCCCGGGUUUUCUGCUGUCCGAUUGUUCAAGUGACUGCUCAAUUGGUUGUCGCCCAGCAUGUGUGGUAUCUUCGCGUGUCAUCAUCACCCCGAUGUGCAAGCAUUCAAGCCCACGGCCCUGCGCAUGGCCAAGGCCUUGCGCCAUCGUGGUCCCGAUUGGAGCGGAAGCUUCAUCUCUGAGAACACCAUCCUCACACACGAGCGUUUGUGUAUCGUCGGUGUCGACUCCGGCGCUCAGCCUCUCGUGAAUGAUGAUGGCUCUCUCGCUCUGGCUGUCAACGGCGAGAUCUACAACCACCGCAUCCUGAGAAAGCACCUCAAGGCCGACUACCAGUUCAAGACACACUCUGACUGUGAAGUUGUAAUCCCGCUGUACAUGGAAUACGGACUGGAUGCCCCCAAGCACCUCGACGGCAUGUUCUCGUGGGUGCUCUAUGACAAAAAGCAAGACAGGGUUGUCGCUGCACGUGACCCCAUUGGAAUUACCAGCUUCUAUAUUGGCUGGUCCUCCCAGACUCCCGGUGCUGUUUACUUCGCCUCUGAGUUGAAGUCUCUGCACCCCGUCUGUGACAAGAUUCAGGCUUUCCCCCCUGGCCAUGUCUUUGACUCCAAGACCGGCGAGUUCACCCGCUACUUCCAGCCCAAGUGGUGGGACGCCACCAAUGUCCCCUCCGCUCCUAUUGACUACAAGGUCAUUCGCAACUCGUUGGAGAAGUCUGUGCGCAAGCGUCUGAUGGCUGAAGUUCCAUAUGGUGUUCUUCUGUCUGGUGGCCUUGAUUCCAGCUUGGUUGCCUCCAUUGCUCAGCGUGAGACUUUGCGCAUGCAGGAGGUUGCUCGCAGUGCUCAGGCGCAGGGAAUCUCAUCCGACUUGGUUGGUAUCGAUGACGAGAACGACCUCUCCACUGUCACUACCUUCCAACAACUGCACUCUUUCUCCAUUGGUCUUCCUGGUGCCCCUGACACUCAGGCUGCUCUGGAGGUUGCCAAGUUCCUUGGAACCAAGCACCACGCCUUCACCUUCACCGUUGAGGACGGCCUCAACGCGCUCUCUGAUGUCAUUUAUCACCUCGAAACCUACGAUGUCACCACCAUCCGUGCUUCCACCCCCAUGUAUCUGUUGAGCCGCAAGAUCAAGGCCAUGGGAGUCAAGAUGGUUCUUAGUGGAGAGGGCAGUGAUGAAAUCUUCGGUGGAUACCUGUACUUCCACGCCGCUCCCAACAAGGAGGAAUUCCACAAGGAGACUGUCAGACGUGUGAAGAACCUUCACCUAGCUGACUGCCUUAGAGCUAACAAGUCUACCUCCGCCUGGGGCUUGGAGGCACGUGUGCCUUUCCUCGACAAGGAGUUCCUCGAGACUUGCAUGGGCGUUGAUCCUGCUGAGAAGAUGAUUACCAAGGAGCGCAUUGAGAAGUACAUUCUGCGCAAGGCUUUCGAUACCACCGACGAGCCCGAUGUCAAGCCUUACCUACCUGAUAACAUUCUGUGGCGCCAGAAGGAGCAAUUCAGCGACGGUGUCGGUUACAGCUGGAUUGAUGGCCUCAAGGAUCAGGCGGAGGUGCAGAUCACCGAUGAGAUGAUGAAAAACCCCAAGCCUGAGUGGGGAGAUGAUAUCCCCGACACCAAGGAAGCGUACUGGUACCGCAUGAUGUUCGAUGAACACUUCCCCCCCACUUGUGCGGGCACUGUCGAACGUUGGGUACCCACAUGGUCCAAGCAGACCGACCCUAGUGGAAGAGCCAUUUCCACCCACAACGCCAAGUAUGACAACGCUGUUUAAACGAGUUUUUAUGCGAUCCCAAGUAAUCUGCGCGGGCCCUCAACACUUUUGGGUAUAGAAGCAUGCAUGGGUGGUUUUAUCCUAGAGUCAGGCAUUGGGACGCAAAAGUAAGACUUGCCUUAUUUAUCAUCUCAUCUCACAAACUGGGUUAAGGAUGGUCUGGGGUUGUAGCGUCAAUAUCCCCAAUGUAUUCUACUUUUUGGAUAGAGUGCAAGGAGUUUGAUGGAGUGUAUGUUAUAAUGUUUCGUGAUGUAGACUGUCAUGGGAUUGAAUA